AUGCAAUCCUACGCGGAUGAUCCAUCUGUUAAUCCUCUCCCCAUCGACGAUCCGAUCAACGGCCAUCUCACCGAUAGUAGUGAGAUCGUAGGCCAUUCGAGUGGGCUGGUUUGCAUUUAUAAUGAACCGAUGGCUCUCGUUUUGUGGAACCCCGCCACUAGAAUCUCCGUCCAAUUGGCCGAGCUAGACUGCUGCGAUGGUAUCGUAAAAGGCGGGAUAGGUUGGGAUGGGGAGAGUGAUGCGCACAAGGUGUUUGCUGUUUUGUGUAUGAAGAAUGAUGAGAGCAAAAUGAUGGGUAGCAUUUACAGCAGCAAGACGAAUUCAUGGAAAGCGAUGGAGGAGUACGGGAGUGUUGAUUUGAAUAAUUGGAUUGGGGUGUUUGUGUAUGGGAAGAUGCAUUGGAUUGUGGAAAGUGGAUGGAUUGAGACGUUCGACUUGAAGAGCGGGGUGUUUGGGAGGAUAGAGCUUCCGGAGAUUGUGGAUGGAUUGUUUCCGACGGUAGAUUUGGAUUCCGAGAUACAGGGGUGCCUGAGAUUAGUGUACUGGGAUAUGAAGUGUGAUGAUGCAAUGAGAAGAGUUUGGGAGAUGAAGGAAUAUGGGGUGGAUGAUUCAUGGGUGUCGUAUCGUCUUCCUCAUCUGAAGGAACCGGAAUCAACUUACAUGGCUUGGGGGAUUGAGAAGGGAGAGAUGAAGUUAUAUCCACGUGACAACAUUGUCGAUUGUGGUCCAGCGUGUUGCUACGUUGAGAGUUUGGUGCUACCAGUUUGGGAGUAG